CUAGGGCCUGCACAGGUCUGGAGAGCCAGUUGGUUGCCAGUCCUGGGUCCAGAGAGGUGUCCAGGGAGGCCAGAGGCUGGCGUGAGCCUGGCUCUGGAGAUCCCUCCAUCCAGAAGAGCCAAGUGACCCUGUUUCUUCACCUGCUGCCAGGGCCAUGGGGGCUGGGGCCAGCGCGGAGGAGAAGCACUCCAGGGAGCUAGAAAAGAAGCUGAAAGAAGAUGCUGAGAAGGAUGCCCGAACCGUGAAACUGCUGCUUCUGGGUGCCGGGGAGUCUGGGAAGAGCACCAUUGUCAAGCAGAUGAAGAUUAUCCAUCAGGAUGGGUACUCGCUGGAAGAGUGCCUCGAGUUCAUUGCUAUCAUCUACGGCAACACGCUGCAGUCCAUCCUGGCCAUCGUGCGCGCCAUGACCACGCUCAACAUCCAGUACGGAGACUCUGCGCGCCAGGACGAUGCCCGGAAACUGAUGCACAUGGCGGACACCAUCGAGGAGGGCACGAUGCCCAAAGAGAUGUCGGACAUCAUCCAGCGGCUGUGGAAGGACUCGGGCAUCCAGGCCUGCUUCGAGCGCGCCUCGGAGUACCAGCUCAACGACUCGGCGGGCUACUACCUCUCGGACCUGGAGCGCCUGGUCACCCCGGGCUACGUGCCCACUGAGCAGGACGUGCUGCGCUCGCGUGUCAAGACCACCGGCAUCAUCGAGACGCAGUUCUCCUUCAAGGACCUCAACUUCCGGAUGUUCGAUGUGGGCGGGCAGCGCUCCGAGCGCAAGAAGUGGAUCCACUGCUUCGAGGGUGUGACCUGCAUCAUCUUCAUCGCGGCGCUGAGCGCCUACGACAUGGUGCUGGUGGAGGACGACGAGGUGAAUCGCAUGCACGAGAGCCUGCACCUGUUCAACAGCAUCUGCAACCACCGCUACUUCGCCACCACAUCCAUCGUGCUGUUCCUCAACAAGAAGGACGUGUUCUCCGAGAAGAUAAAAAAGGCGCAUCUGAGCAUCUGCUUCCCCGACUACGACGGGCCCAACACCUACGAUGACGCGGGCAACUACAUCAAGGUGCAGUUCCUCGAGCUCAACAUGCGACGCGACGUGAAGGAGAUCUACUCCCACAUGACGUGCGCCACUGACACGCAGAACGUCAAGUUUGUCUUUGAUGCUGUCACCGACAUCAUCAUCAAGGAGAACCUCAAAGACUGCGGCCUCUUUUGAGGUUCCUGAACCCAUGCAUGUCCAGAGACCCUGUAGCCUAGCCACCUUGAUGCCCCAUCCAACAGGACUCCUGGGCCCCAGCCUGUGGCCCCACCAGCCACAGCCCCAAAUCCCUGAGUCCCACUAGCUUUCAGUUCCUGACCCUCCCGCGUGGCUCCCAGGCCUCCCAGAGCCAGGUGCUCCCAACCUCAGCGCUGCCCUUCACGGCCUGGCGGCACUGGCCUCCAGGACCCACCACAGCCAGCCCCAGCUAGGAGCCGGCAGGACUUGGGGCAGCUAGAGCACACAGUGACUCAGCAGUGCCCGACUGACCAGUCUCCAGCAGCUCUCCCGCCCCAGGGGGCCCAUGACUCACCCUCCCUCCAAGAGUUUCAGGAACUGCAGGGGGCAGGCAGGGCUCUCUCCUCCUCGCAGGCCGGCCUACCAUCAGCCCGGCCAGACUUACCACUUCCAUGUGACAAGUCUGACACCUGUCUACCCAGUGGCCAGGACUGUCCCUCCCAGCUGCUUCAGCGGUCCAAAGUCUAAGCCAGCUCUGGCCGUUGCAGCUCCCACACAGAUGAAUUCAUGAGUGGGUCAGCCUGGGAGCCCCUGGAUGCCAGGGAGAGACUCAAGCUGGACCCUUCCCCACAUACCAGUCUCAGAGUAAACCCCUAGCCUAGCCCCUUCCCCCACAGGCUCUGCCCCCUCUGUCCUUGGACACCAGAUCCAUGUCCUACCUCACCCACCCACCCACAGUACUCCUGGCCAGUCAUGGGGAUGGUCUGUUGAGGGAGGGUACUGUUGACACCAGCUGUGGCCAAUGGUCGAACUGUCCUGAGGGGUGGCUGAGGGCAGAGUCCAGCUCCCAUCGAUCAGCCCUAGGCAUAGAAGUUGGAACUGGAUGGAUACCCCAAGGGGUCUACCUCAGGUGGGGUCACAAGCGAACCCAGGUGACCGUUGUCCCUGCCAGCAGCUUCUAUUCAGGGCCCACUCCCUGGAAGGAAUAACAGAGGGCCAUGCCUGAACCAUCAGGGACAAAGACCCAUGUCCCUUCAUCGCCAUUUCCUACUUCUCAAUCACCCAGUCCUUGCUGAUGCCAUGGGCCAGGGCUAUACUGCAGGUGUGGACAGGGGCUUCAGCUAGUCAGGCCAGGGCGCGAUUUGCACUCUGCACUCCCCUCAGCUAGAUGCACAGACUCAGCAAUAAACCUUUGCAUCAGG